AUGCAACCAAGAAAAACGGUUAAAAAAGUAGAUGUGGAGCCAUCACCUGAGGAGGAUGCGGAGCUUCUUCCCCAUUUGAAGGUAUCAGCGAAGUGGUCGGAACGUGCUGCGAACAAUGGUAAGAGCUUAAGUCAGGUGCAAUUUCUACUCGGAGCCCUUGGGAAACAAUUAGAGGAUUGCAAUAAGGAACUUGCAUCCGUGUACGCAAACGCUGAUUUGCUGUCAUCACUGCGUAUAACCGAGUACCGGCAGCGUAACACACCUGGUGGGUUGCUUACACCUACACGGAAGGCGCGGACGAAGCGUAACGCAUCAACACGUCCAGUGGCGCGGCAGCAACUGGACGAAAACAGUACGGAAGCACUGAUUGCUGCCAUGGAUGAAAAGAAACGCGCAAGGGUUACAGCUGCACUCAUUGCGUUUUUUAAACGGGAUAUGCAAGAGCAAAAUAGUCCCGCUUACCAAAACGCUAGCACACCUGUACCUCAGGGUGCGAACCAUUCGUCCACGCGCACGUCGCAAACGUUGGGUCGCAUUCCCUCCGCUAAUUCCCACACUAUGUUAUGUGAAUCAAACAAAGGUAAUCAACCGUCUUGUUCAAAUGGGAACGAGUUACCCACUCUUUUGUCUGAGACUCAGCAGCAACAGCUUCGGCGGCACCGCGAUAUACCACCGGAAUUGUGGGAUGAGAUGGCGAAGUUACGACUUAGACGACUCAGCUUAGAAGAGAAAAUCGGGAGUCUACUCAGUAACAUCAACGCGCAAACGGAGCGGUUUGGUUUACUGAUGGAGGUCCAAGGGGUUAAUUCCUAUUCCACGGAAAGUGUGAAUCGCGCGAUUGAAAUGAUACGCCAGAAACGAGCUUGA